GUGUAUGUUAAGGAAAACGAAAGGAAACGCUCUGAGGAGCCUGGGCUAUAUUACGACAUUUUUUCCCUUUUCCCAACAACCUGCCCGGCACGGCUUUAUUAAGAGGGGGGAAUAGUUCAGCCCUUUUCCUUCCAGCAAAUAUUCAUCAUGGUUGCCCCGACUAUCGUGAAGGAUGUGCUGAACCCGGCACUUUACAACAACGACGACAUCGAGGUUCAGUUUUACCAGCAACGGAAGGAAUGGCCGUGGACGAGGGGUGCUGUGCAUGCAUUGGGUUGGGUAUUUUUCGCCGGCGGGCUGGUCCUGAUAUUUGGGUUACUCAACCUUCGCGAUAUUCUGCUGGAUAGGCGACGACUGGGAUACACUCUAGCAAAUAAUAACAAGAAUAAGGUAUUAUCCAGUCAGCGAUCGCUAUUCGACCGAAUGUCGCUACAUUUCCGCGCCUUUUGUUACCUGCGUAGUUCAGUGACUGGCUUCGCAACAGCGUCACUCGGCCUGGGUUCCCUCGUCCUAGCCGGGUUCAUGUACCCUCUUCUAUAUAUCUUUUCUCAGCAUCCCUAUUACGAGCGGGAGCCGAGAUUUGGGCCUCCUCCGCUUGGAGGCAGAAGCGGGAUGAUUGCCCUUGCCAUGACCCCGUUUAUCAUCCUGCUCGGGAUGAAGGCAAAUUUGAUCAGUAUGGUGACGGGCAUGGGACAUGAGAAGUUGAAUGUUUUGCAUCGGUGGUUGGGAUUCGUCUGUGGUUUCUUCAGUCUGGUCCACUCGGCACCGUACAUUAUUGAGCCGUUGAAGAAUGGCGGAUGGAGCAAGUUGGCCGAGGUUUUCAAUGGCCAUGUGACAUAUUGGAAUGGAGUCGGAGCACUUGUAUGCAUGUUUUGGUUGACUUUUGGUUCUCUUAAUUUUAUAAGGGCGUGGUGUUAUGAGGUUUUCGUUCAUUUGCAUAUUAUUCUGGGAGUGGGAUACGUAGGGUUGAUGUUCUGGCAUUGCGCUAACGUGUUGACUUCGUGGCAUUACCUCUAUGCCACAUGUAUUAUCUGGGUCUCGCACCUUGCAUACAGGUUCAUUUGGAGGACCAACUGGUUUGGCCCUCGCCCAUUCUCUGGCGACCAAGCACACUUCACACCCCUUACGGACGACGGUGUAAAAAUCACUGUGCCAACCCGCAUGCGAUGGCAAGCUGGGCAACAUAUCUUUAUCCGAAUCCCCAAUAUCUCGCUACUUGAUAAUCAUCCGUUUACCGUGGCCUCUAUCAUGUCUAAUGACACCAAGGAUGGCGAAUAUAAUGAUCUAGUCCUUGUAUUCAAGCCACACAAGGGCUUCACUAGACGUGUAUUUGACAUCUCCAGGACUCACCCUGACGUCUCCUAUAGGGCGUAUCUGGACGGACCGUAUGGUGGAUUGUCACGUAAGCUGGAAGCAUUUGAAACGGUGCUCAUGGUAGCUGGUGGCUCAGGAAUCACCCCAAUCGUAGCACAUCUUCAACAUCUAGCAUCAAAGAUCCAGAAGGGUGAGGCUCUAACAAGGGAUAUCAGAAUAAUCUGGACGGUCAAGCGCUUUGAAUCCCUCGAAUGGUUCAAAGACGAAAUCUCCGCUGCCGCCAGAAGUCUUCCAAGAAACAUGUUACUCUGCCAAUACUAUGUAACUGAGGAAACAGCCGUUGAACUUCCCAAGGGCCCCGUGUCCGCAACCCGUGAAUGGCCACAAAGUCCCUUAACCCCGACCUUCCGUCAACCCCCACCGGCACUCCUUCGCUCACCCGGAACUUCCGAGGCAGAGAGAGAAUUCCGGCUCCAGAUACUGGAGAAGGAUGUUGGCUCUUCUUCCUCGGACGAAGAAUUACAUGAGUUUCCAUUCCCCGCCGCUCAGCCGGUUACUCCGGUUCCGCCUAUGGGAGAUGAGGUGCUGUUGGAGUUUGGAAGGCCACCGUUGAGGGAUGGAUUACCACCUUGGUCGGAGACGUUCGGAAGGAGGACUUGCAUUUAUGUGUGUGGCCCGCAAUCUAUGAAGGUUGAUGUUGCAAAUGCGGUUGCAGACAUGCAAUCUGAUAUCUGGGCUUGUGAACAGCGGGAAGAGAUUUACUUGCAUUCUGAGACCUUCGGGUGGUAAACCUCUUCGCGGACUUCUACCGGUAGUCUUCUCCGCUUAGCUGAGCUGAAAUCACCCACUCCUUACGCAUCAACCUCACUCAACAUCUCCCUGUCAGGAAAUCCUCACGCCCAACAACACACACGUAUCGGUCUUUCCUUAUCUUUGAUUUUUAUUGAAUCUUUCAUCCGCUCCCUUUAACUUCGCUUGCCCCUUCUAUCGGUCAGAAGCGGAGGAAGGCAAGCAAGUUGUGUUUUUUUUUUGCAAUUUGCAAUUUGCAGGAUAUGGAUACACGGUCCUUACUUUGUUAACUUUAAUAAACGGAUGGGCGUUACUUCUUGUGUCAUACAAAAGAGUAGCCACCCGUCUUGCAUAUUCUCUAGAUGUACUUUUUAUUUCCCCCCCUAUUGUCCUCUUACUGUUUUAUAUGGGUCUUGGAGCAUGGUAUAGUGAAUCCGGUUGGUGUGGGGCAUGUUUUUUUUGUUCAUUUUUACCCGAUCGUGGGUUGGCGCGAGUGUAUAUAUGGAGCACGGUACCCUGUGAAUAUGUAGUCCCUUCAUCA